AUGAAACCUCAUGAGGCCUACAAGUUGCUACAAGAAAGAAGUUGCUUCUGGUGUUUGGCUGAAAACUGUGUACUAGUCAAAAAGAAGUGGCUUCUACAAAGCAUGCUAUGGUGCGGCCUCCUCGUCAUAUUACCUUCGGUUGGCGCAGUUUCCUCAGGCCAUGUUUGGCUUGAGGCGCUCCUCAGGAGCUUUGGAGAGCCCAUUGUGGCAGUGGACAAGCUGCUGCACUUGGAGCGUAGCUACCAUGACUUGCGCCUCCCGCGACAUGCCAACGUGAGCCAAGGCGUUCUCUUGGUGAUGACCGAACCCCUUCAGGCAGCUGGAACUGAGCCACUCAAACGUGUGUGGGAUGAGCUGCCGCCCAACUCACUUUUGGCUGUGCCGCUUCGGCCGCCGCUGGAGAGAGAGGUGCUGGAACUUCUCCGGCGACUCUUCUUUGCAACGCAGCAAAAGCACUGGGAGAAGAAGCCGGGGCCCAUGCCUGCCCUGAGUGAUACGCAUGAGGUGUGCUGCAUCCCAGCUGGAUGCCUUGCACAGAAAGCACUUUCUUACUGGACUUCCACAUCCGUCCAUCUCACUGCCGCCCGCAAUUAUGGUCGCUGGGGAGGGCGGUUGCAAGCACAACAUCCCUUCUUUGCUGAAGCGUUGAAGCGAAGAACAGACAAAGUGACAUACCACAUGUAUGAGCUGCUCUAUCACAGAACGCUGCCUCGUGAUUUGAGCCAUCAUUCCGAGCCUGGCUGCUUUUUGGAAAUCGGUUUCGGCUGCAACUUUGGGGGUGGAGGUUUGUCUGCAGCCGUUUGGCCCGUGAUCUUCCCGGGUGCGAAAGUGCACGUCUUGGACAACAACGGCACCUGUGUGAGGAACCUGUCGCCGAGCUGGGUGCGGCAGCAGAACUACACAGCUUGCACGUGGUGGAUGCCGGCGCUGUGGUGGAAUUGGAACGACUGA